CGCACGGUCGCCCAGGGUACCCCCUUCGUAGUCGCGAGGUUCUGCCGAGCACCAGUUUGCAGCUGGCUCCCGAGACGUCAACGCGCCACACUUGGGGGCGGCGUCCGGUACUCAGAACAUCCCAGAGAAGCUCUCGAGCCGCGUCCUCCCAUCCGAGGAGAUGCAGCUAAGCUCCGAGAGGUGCCGGCUGAUGGCCUCCGUAGAGGGGUGGGAAGGAUGAACCCAAAGAGAAAAUACCAGGAAACUUGGCACAGCUUGCCCUGAGUAGCAAAUAGUUCUGGUCCAUCCAUCGGCAGGCAGCCCAAACUGUGGCCCUGGGGCGGGCCUAAGAUUCGGAGCUGCGCGGAGAGGUACCGACUGUCUUCGGCUCUUUCCGCCGCCAGCCGCCAGUCGUUUCGGGAAGCAUCGGAGACGCGGCGCUCUUCCUCGACGGCUUUUGCUUUCUUCCAGCGGCGUUGUCCUGGCAACACGGAGACACAGGGAAUCUGGAGAAGUUAGAUUCCUAUAGCUGAGGUACUUGAAGAUUGUUUUAAUAGAAGAAAAGGUUUCAUCCCUGACCAGAUCUAUGCAUCAUCAUGGCACUGUAUUUUGACCACCGAAUCAAAGCCCCAGAUGCAUCCAGAUCUCCCUCUCUUAUUACCUGGCACCCCACCCACCCAUUCCUGGCAGUCGCAUCCAUAAGCCCAUCUUCUGGAGGCACCGUAGAUGUCUACCUUGAACAGGGUGAGCCUGUGCCUGACACCCACAUUGAAAGGUCCUUCCGAGUCACUUCACUAUGCUGGCACCCAACAAGGCUUAUCCUGGCUAUUGGCUGGGAGACUGGAGAAGUGAUAAUGUUUAAUAAGCAGGACAAGGAGCAGCACACAGUGCCCCUGCCACAUACCACUGACAUUGCCAUCCUCAGCUGGAGUACCAGUGGGAGCUGCCUGGUAUCUGGAGAUAAGCUUGGAGUCCUGCUCUUGUGGAGACUGGACCAGCGGGGCCGAGUACAGGGGACUCCACUCCUGAAACACGAAUACGGGAAGCCACUCACCCAUUGCAUCUUCCGGCUCCCCCCGCCUGGAGAGAAUCUGGUUCAGUUGGCAAAGGCAGCAGUAAGUGGUGAUGAGAAAGCCCUGGACAUGUUUAACUGGAGAAAAAGCAGCUUUGGAAGUUUCCUGAAGACGGGGUCUCAAGAGGGGCUGUCUUUCUUUGUCAGUCUGAUGGAUGGGACAGUGCACUAUGUGGAUGAAAAAGGCAAGACUGCCCAGGUGGCGUCCACAGAUAGCUCCGUCCAGAUGCUGUUCUACAUUGAGAAGAGAGAAGCACUGGUUGUGGUUACCCAGAACCUCUUGCUGUCUUUGUAUGUGGUGACUCCUGAGGGGGAAGCUGAAGAAGUGAUGAAGGUAAAGUUGAGUGGGAAACCAGGCCGCCGGGCAGAUAUCACUUUGAUAGAGGGUAGCCUUCUUGUCACAGCCAUCGGAGAACCAGUGCUCAGAUUCUGGGACUUAGAACGAGGAGAGAAUUACAUCCUGAGCCCACAGGAGAAGUUUGGCUUCGAAAAAGGAGAGAGCAUAAACUGUGCUUGUUUCUGUAAAGCCAAAGGUCUCCUGGCUGCUGGGACCAAUAAAGGACGAGUAGCCUUGUGGAAAAAAAUGCCGAAUUCCCCAAAUGGCAGAGGGGUGGAGGGCAGGGACAUGUGGGCCCUUCAAACACCGACUGAGCUUGAAGGAAACAUCACACAAAUAAAGUGGGGCUCCAGGAAGAACCUUCUGGCAGUGAGCAGCGUCAACUCUGUGUCCAUCCUGAGUGAGCAAGCCAUGUCAUCGCACUUUCACCAGCAAGUAGCUGCUGUGCAGAUCUCCCCAAGCUUAGUCAAUGUGUCUUUCCUGUCCACGGGGAGCACACACAGUCUGCAUACUGACAUGCACAUCACUGGAGUGUUCGCUACCAAGGAUGCUGUGGCUGUCUGGAAUGGAAAACAGGUGGCAGUCUUUGAACCUUCAGGAUCUACCUUAAGGAAUGCAGGGACAUUCCUGUGUGAAACGUCAGUGUUGGCAAUGCAUGAGGAAAACGUUUAUACAGUGGAGCCAAACCGAAUCCAAGUGCGGACCUGGCAGGGAACUGUCAAACAACUUCUGCUGUUCUCGGAGACCGAAGGGAGCCCCUGCUUCCUAGACAUCUGUGGGACUUUCCUGGUUGCAGGGACAGAUUUAGCUCACUUUAAAAGUUUUGAUCUUUCUAGAAGGGAAGCAAAAGUGCACUGCAGCUGCAAGAACCUGGCUCAGCUGAUCCCUGAUGUGGGGAGCAUCACUUCUCUGAGAUGCAAUGCCAGUGGGAACAAGAUCAGCAUCCUCCUUAGCAAGGUUGACAAUAGCCCUGAUUCCAAAAUCUACAUCUAUGAUGUUGAGAUGGACACAGUGAAUGUCUUCAACUUCAAGACUGGACAGAUUGGACAGAUACAGACACUGCCCUUUAAUGAACCGGAGGCCAAUGAGACCCACAUCUUUAUGCAUGAAAGACUAGAGAGUUACGUUCCUGUGAACCAUUUCUGGGAUCAGAGUGAGCCCAGGCUCUUCGUGUGUGAGGCCUUGCAGGAAGCACCUGGAGCCCAGCCACAGGCUGUAGACAAGCAGCCCCACGUGGAGGACACAUGCCACAAGGAAGAUGUUUUGAUUCUGUCAUUCUUCGCUUCUGAAGAACAUGGCUUCUUGCUCCAUGACUGCUUCCCCCAGUCUCCUACCUACCAGAAUCUUCUGGGAAUGGAAGUGCCUCAUUAUUACUUCACAAAAAAGCCUGGAGAAGUGGAGAAAGAAGACAGGGUGGAUUCUGGGCACUACCACAUCCCUCAGAUGGUAGCCAAGAGACCCCUACAAGACUUUGUGGGUUUGGAGGACUGUGACAAGCCGACUCGGGAUGCCAUCCUCAACUUCAGCUUCUUUGUCACCAUUGGGGACAUGGAUGAAGCUUUCAAAUCUAUCAAACUCAUCAAAAGCCUUUGCACCUGGAGGUUGCAGCCAGGCUGUAACUCUGGGAAGCAGCAGGAGGAGACAGUAGAGGGUCCUGUCCAGUCGACCUCUGGAUCAGGCCUGCUGUUGAGGAGUUUCCCUCUCCCCACCGUACCUCCUCUGCCUGUGCUCUGGGGCUGUUUUUCCUUCUGUGCCUUCCCUCUUCAUAACCUGACAUCGCAUAAGGGGCAGGAGAGUGAGACUGUCUGGGAGAACCUGGCACGCAUGUGUGUGGAGACUCAGAGGCUGGAUGUUGCCAAGGUGUGCCUAGGGAACAUGGGCCAUGCCCGUGGGGCCCGAGCACUUCGGGAAGCUGAGCGGGAGCCAGAACUGGAAGCCAGAGUGGCCAUGCUGGCCAUCCAGCUGGGCAUGCUGGAGGAGGCUGAACAACUCUACAAAAAGUGCAAGCGCUAUGACCUCCUGAACAAGCUCUACCAAGCCUCAGAUCAGUGGCAGAAAGCUGUGGAGGUGGCUGAGCUCCACGACCGCGUCCACCUGCGCACCACCUACUACAACUAUGCUAAGCACCUGGAGGCCAGUGCUGACUGUGGUCUGGCCCUCAAUUACUAUGAGAAGUCAGACACCCACCGUUUUGAGGUACCAAGGAUGCUCUCAGAAGACCUGCAGUCACUGGAGCUCUACAUCAAUAGGAUGAAGGACAAGACCCUGUGGAGGUGGUGGGCCCAGUACCUUGAGAGCCAGGCAGAGAUGGACACUGCAUUGCGCUACUACGAGCUGGCACAGGACUACUUCUCCCUGGUCCGUAUUCAUUGCUUCCAGGGCAACAUUCAGAAGGCUGCCGAUAUAGCCAAUGAGACUGGAGACUGGGCUGCAUCCUACCACCUUGCCCGGCAGUACGAGAGCCAGGACGAGGUAAAGCAGGCAGUGCACUUCUACACACGGGCACAAGCCUUCAACAAUGCCAUCCGCCUGUGCAAGGAGAAUGGCUUAGAUGACCAGCUCAUGAACUUGGCCCUGUUGAGCUCCCCAGAGGACAUGAUCGAGGCAGCCCGGUAUUACGAGGAGAAGGGCAAGCAGAUGGACAGGGCUGUCAUGCUGUAUCACAAGGCUGGACACUUCUCCAAGGCCCUGGAGUUGGCCUUCACCACCCAGCAGUUUGCAGCCCUACAGCUCAUAGCAGAGGACCUGGAUGAGAAGUCAGAUCCUGCUCUGCUGGCCCGCUGCUCAGACUUCUGCAUUGAGCACGGGCAGUUUGAAAAAGCUGUGGAACUUCUGCUGGCUGCCAAGAAGUAUCACGAGGCUCUGCAGCUGUGCCUAGAACAGAACAUGACCAUCACCGAGGAGAUGGCGGAGAAGAUGACUGUGGCCAAGGACUCCAAGGAUCUGUCUGAGGAGUCGCGGCGGGAGCUGCUGGAACAGAUUGCCAACUGCUGUAUGCGCCAGGGCAACUAUCACCUGGCCACCAAGAAGUACACGCAGGCUGGGAACAAGCUGAAGGCCAUGAGAGCACUGCUAAAAUCUGGAGACACAGAGAAAAUUGUCUUCUUUGCGGGCGUCUCAAGACAGAAGGAAAUCUAUAUCAUGGCAGCCAAUUACCUCCAGUCCUUGGACUGGCGGAAGGAGCCAGAGAUCAUGAAGAAUAUCAUCAGCUUCUAUACCAAAGGGCGGGCCUUAGACCUCCUGGCUGGCUUCUAUGAUGCCUGUGCCCAGGUGGAGAUUGAUGAAUACCAGAACUAUGACAAGGCUCACGGGGCACUGACUGAAGCCUAUAAGUGCCUGUCCAAAGCCAAGGCCAAAAGCCCCCUGGACCAGGAGACCAAGCUAGCCCAGCUACAAAGCAAGAUGACCCUAGUGAAGAGGUUCAUCCAGGCCCGAAGGACAUACACAGAGGACCCCAAAGAGUCUAUCAGACAGUGUGAGCUGCUCCUAGAAGAGCCAGACCUGGACAGCACCAUCCGUAUCGGGGACGUCUAUGGCUACCUGGUGGAACACCAUGUACAGAUGGAGGAAUACCAAAUGGCCUAUAAGUAUCUUGAGGAGAUGAGGAAAAGACUUCCUUCAGCCAACAUAUCUUACUAUGUGGACCAGAGCACUGUGGACACUGUGCACCAGGGCCUGGGUCUCCCACCGUCUCGCAUCAUGCCUGAGCGCGUCCACCACAACAGCAUGGAGGACCACAAGGAUGUGUAUGAAGAGGUGCUGGAAGAGGUGGAAAAUGAACCCUGAAAGCCCUGGGUCCCAGCUGCUGGAAUGUGGCUUCUGGAAUUUUCUAGUCGAGUCAUUGGAAAGGCAGCUUUUUGUUUUUUUGUUUGUUUGUUAUUGUUUUGAAAUUCUGCACUGUUAUGUGUAAGCAGGGCAGGGGACUUGGAGUCCAGCACAGCAGCCCAGGAGGAGGUGCAGUUCUGGUUUGCCCCGGUUCUGUUCUUAGAAGGAGGCUUGCGUUUGUGUGGGGUCAUUCCUGCACCAUUCCCGCCUCCAGGCGCUUGGCGGCUCAGUAGGUUGGGUUUACUUCCUUUGGAGGGAGUUAGCUUCAUUUUUCUCAUGUUCUCCCAGCAGUAGACUCAGAAACUUCUAGAACUUUGUGCUUGGGGCUACCUGUUACUGUUAACCAUGCCUGUAGUUGGCUACUUGAUAGUCCCCAGCCGAGCCCAGUGCUCCUGGGACCACAGCAAGGACCACCUGGGGCAGGCCUGAGCCACGAACACUGUGCCCUUUGUCACCAGAGCUGGGAUUGGGAUACCAGGCACCAUCCAUGGCUGCUCACACUCCUAUGACUCCAAAUAAAGCCCAUUUUCUCAGA